UAGUUCAAAUGUAAGUAGAUGAUGAUAACAUGGUAAAGCAAAGGCCUACAUUAUCACGAGGCAUGCGCUUGUGUAUUUAUAUAUUUUGGUCAGGUAAGUGAUAUAAACUGGUAUGUACAAUACGCAUAAAUACAUAAAUUAAUUUUCAUAUUAUAUUUGACAUUGAGUAAUAUGCUGCAUUAUUGUUAUUGAUAUACAUGGCUCUGCUAUAGUCUUUCCAACAUACAAAACUUUAAUUUAGAAGAUAGGUUUUAGAUGGUGGGUAGAUUAGAUAUUUGGCGUUUCAAAACUCCUUAUUUCUUUACUUUUGAAAUAAAAAUCAGAUAAAUUAAGAACCGGGUUAUCAAGCCGUUCUCAGACACCAGUGUCUUUUAAGGCAUGAUUCACACUAUAUUUUAUUUUACUUUGUGUGUGAUAAUUGUUGAAUUCGUCCAACUGAAUGUGGGGAGUGUUGGAUUCAGAAGUAUCAUUAUACUGGAAUGCCUGAGACUUAAUGCUGGAGGGCUUAUAAUUUGUUACUUAGAAACCGUUUGGUUGUUGGAAAGGAAGGGAGUGAAAUGGAUUAAAGAAAUAAAAAUAAAAAUGGAAUGAUCAAGACAUGGAGGGGAGAUAAGUCAAUUAUGUCUAUGGGAGGAGGCUAAUUUAGUUUGAGAUUGAGAGUCAUGAGUGAUUUUUACAUUUGUGGUAUAUAAUAUUGAGUUUUAUGCUUACCAUGAGGGGGAGGGUAAUUUAGUUCAUUUUUAUUCUUGUUUCUUUAAUCCAUUCUAUACCCAUCAUUUCUGGCAACCAAGCGACACCUUACUUCUUACCAAAUGGUCAUGGUAUGUGACGUCAAAAUAAUUUGGCCGUGAGUAUUUCUCCCACAUUACAAUGUCAUAUGUAAGUCUAAACUUCAUGAAGAGGAGAGCUAUGUUGAAGGGUUUUCCGGAACUUGUAAUGCCCUUCCUGUUAGAUUUCGUUUUGACCUCUUAAAAUUGUCAUGAUCUGUGAUUUCUUUUGAUUAAACAAUGCAGCCAAAGAAAGUAAUGUCAUUUGAAGAUGCAAAACAAAGAGCAUGGCAGUGGAAGAAGGCAAUUGAAGGGCUUCAAAACCGAUGAAACUGUUUCUGACAACAUUAUCUUGGGUAUCCUGUGCCUGUUACUGUUCAGGAUGAGGGGACUAAUCAACUCAUAACCUUCUGAUACAUUCAUUGAUAGAAAAAUGAAGUUGCAGAUUAGCUUUCCAAAACUGGUUUAAGCUAAUUUCUCACAACCCGGGCUCAUGGUUACUUAUCCAGCCCCCUUCAUGCUUCUAUGGGAUGACAUGUAAAAUGUGAAAAAUACCAAAUCUAGGCCAUGUUAAGAGGAUGGAAUCAUUUAUUUGUAUUAGAACUUAAAUUCAUAAACUUAUACCACGAGCUCAAAGAUGACACCAGUUUUGUUUUAUAUAUGGUAUGAAUUUCUCUAUCUCUGGCUGCUUUGCUUAAACCCUUGUCAGACAGCAAAGACGUCCUGAACUGUGGAAAUCAAUAACUAGAUCUUGCACUUGGAAAAUUGUAGAUAUAAUAAUGUAGGUAAAGUAUCUGGCAAUUCCGUAUUGUUUUAAAUAAAUAAAUGUGGUGGGAAAUGGAGAAGCUGGAUUUGUUUCUGCCGUUAGGAAAAGUUUAUCCCAAAGGAGGAAUAAUUCAUGAUAUAAAAAUAAUUUUACCACACAACUAAAGACCAUAUACAUGGGGCUCACUCUCUGAGAAGGGGAUGAGAGAUUUGAAUUCAUGGGCCCCAUUGACAUUCAUAUAUCUACUUACCCCUCUCACGUGCCCUUCAAUCAAACUUUCAACAGACUAUUGACUUCUCGUGAAUGGAUUCAGGAAAAAAAAUUCUUUAAAAAUAAAUCACGAGUAAAUUCCACGUUCAGAUAAAUCAAUUCCUUGUAAACGUUGAAAUUUCCAUAUCUUGAUUUUUAACUUAAGUGACAAAAGCUUUCAUGUUUGGUUAGUUGACUUAUAGGUAGUACUGUUCCAUACCAUAAUCAGAUAUCAGUUUGAGAGAGAAAGUUAAGUGAGCUAAGAGGCAGACGCAGUCUAUAAAACAUGAGCUAACUAAACUGAGUAAAGAGACAUGCCUGUUAACGAGAACUGUGAAGCUCAACAAGCAUGGGUACAAGAAUAUUGGUAAUUUUGCUGUUGAGUUUGACAGCAGAAUUUGCAGUAUCGUUAUGCAGAAGCAAGGCAGUGCAAGUGAUGAAGGAACUGAAACUGAAAGGGCCAUACUUUGGUAUCAUAGCGGCUUACCCACCUGAGGAGAUCGCUUUCUUCGCUUCCAAGGCAUUCAAACCCGAUCCAAAACACCCUUUUGUGGAACUCUCAGGGAGGCUAUACUGGGUGGGGAAGAUCUUCGAUAAGAAAGUUAUAUUUGUGAGGUGUGGAGUAGGAAUGCUGAAUGCAGCAGCAGUGACACAACAGAUGAUUGAUGUGUUUGACGUAAUUGGAAUUCUCCAUUUUGGAAUUGCUGGUAGUGCAAAUGACUCCAUUUCCUUUGGAGAUGUCACCAUUCCCAAACAAUUCAUCCAUACUGGCUUAUGGGACUGGCUGAAACCGAACGGGACACUUGAAAGCAGUGACUUUGCUCGCUUGGAUUUUGGAAACUUCAAUGUGCCGAAAGGCAAAAAUUUGUUGGGACGAGUUGGUUACAGUUCUGAAGAAUUCUUUUCUGUCACUGGAAAACCUAACUUAUCACAGCGUUUGAUCUGGGCAAAGGUUACUUCUCAAUGGCUUCAACUUGCUGCUACUUUGGAGGGGAUACAACUAGAACAAUGUAUAAACUCGAGCUUUUGUCUGCCACAUGAUCCCAAGUUAGUAAUUGGUGUGAAUGGCACAUCAGCCGACAUCUACGUGGACAACGAAGCUUACAGAGAUUUUCUGUUCCAAACAUUUCAAGUUUCUUCUGUUGAUAUGGAGAGUUUCCCAGUAGUGAUGACAUGCUUAUCAAAUGGAUUCCCAGUGAUAGUGAUAAGAGGCAUCUCAGAUAUGGCGGGAAAAAAUGGAGACGAAGCCAUUGAUACUUUUGGAGCUCUUGCUGCUACUAAUGCUGUCACAGUUUUGCUUCACCUUCUCAAGAUUUUGCCUUCCUCACACCAUCAUUACAUUUCACUGUUAAAUUCUUAAUUACAAUAAUAUGAUGUUUCCUCCUUUAAUUAGCGCAUAUUUAGACUCCUUUAGAGGCAUUUUCAUUACAUUUCACUGUUAAGUUCUUGACUACAAUAAUAUAAUGUUCUCCUCCUUUAAUUAGCGCAUAUUCAGACUCCUUUAGAGGCACUUUCAUUUAA